AUUCACGGACGGACUAUCAAUGAACCAGGGCUGUUUACAUGUCAAAGCGUAAAAAAUGACAGGACUAUCCCUGACGGAGCGUGCAGAAUGUACAAAAAUAUUAAGACAAAUGACGCAUGCAGACUUAAUGUCUCUUAGCGAUACCGUUACAAAUAAGCUGAUUGUUGUGGAGAGUAGUAAAGAGGCAAUGGAAACUAUUCUGUCUUUCACCAAAUCUGCGGAAGAGCUCCUGAAGAGAAAGAAGGUUUUUCGUGAUCUGAUAUUCAAAUAUCUGGCAAAAGAAGGGAUUGCUAUGCCUACAACAAGUGAAAAACACGUACUUAUCAAAAGGACACUCGAACUUUGGUCAUCUAAAAAGAUGCAUGAAUCACAAGGACAGCGCAGUGACAGCCGAACCAGGCAGUACACAGAAACAGUGCCUACAGACCCAGGCUUUGAUCCUCAAAUACUUGGUCAGCAGUUCUGCCAGUGGUUCUUCGGCCUUUUGAAUAGUCAGAACCCGGCUCUGGGACAAGAGCGUCAGAAGUGGGGACCUGAGCACUUUUGGCCUGAUGCAAAAUUUCAUCUUCAUGCCAGAACAUGUGAAGAACAAGUGGAGGAGUUUGCUGGUGCAGAUAUGGUCAGUCUUCGCCUCUUGGCCUUGACUCAUGAGGAGCGCUUGAUUUUUAGUCCAAACCUGGAUGCCAAUGGUCUGAAAACGCUGGCGUCCCCCCACGGCCUGGUGCUGGUGGCUGUGGCUGGGACCAUCCACAGAGACGUGUCUUGUCUGGGAAUAUUUGAACAGAUAUUUGGUCUUAUUAAGUCACCGGUGGACAACAACUGGAAAAUAAAGUUUAUCAACUUGAAAAUCCGUGGCCAGGAUUCACUUAAAAACAAAGAGAUGUCAGCUCCAACAAUAAAUUAUAACUCCAGUGAUUUACAGCUUCUCUGCAGUUGAUACUAAUUCAUGAUUUUAUAUCUUAUUUGUUAAGUCAUUUUUGAGAUAGAGAGAGUAGAGUUUUACUUGCACACAUUAUUCAAACAUUUUGCUUGGGAAAUAAGUCACAAUGCAAAAAGUGUUUAUUUUGAUGGCCUGUGCCUUAUUGUACUUACUACACAGAGGUCCUUGUAAAUACUGUUACAUAAUAGGGUUUAUAUUACUUCAUCUAUGAGCAUCAUCUACUGUUCUUUACAUAGUGGUACAUUGAAAAAUUUUUGCACUACUUUUGUAUUCUAAUUAAAGCCACUCUGUUUUUAUUUCUAAAAUUUUAUGUUGAAGAAUCAGUUUAAAUAGAGAAUAAAGCAGUUAUGCUCCUGAGC